AUGGAGAAAUUGGGAGAGUUCAGCUGUCCUGCGUGUAGUAUGGGAUUCCGCUCCCUCCGACUCCUGGAGAAACAUAAAGCAUUGUUCUGUAUCGGGAACAGCAUUGGAGAUCCCGUGGUGCUAAGACAAGGGCAGCCAGAGCGCACGGGAAUCUAUCCAGAACCGGCACACACCCCUGAUCUUAUAAGGGUAAGUGCGUUGGCUCUUAUAGUGGCCCUUGUAGUGUGUGUGUGUGUGUCUGUCUGUCUAACAUUGAUUGUUUCUGACAGCUGAGAGAGCAGAGCAGUAUGCCCCUCCAGAACAUGCAGGGGAGGACCAGUGCCACAGUAUGGAGGGCUGGGAGAGAAGACAACCUACAGGCAGUGGGUCAGAGAGUCUAGCCUUAAGGAACCUCACUGAAGAGGUGCCUACCAACGCUCAAUCCCACCCAUCUAGACAUGCAAUACAACAUAGUCACCUUGAUAGUCCCUUUAAUAUUACAGAAUAUUAACAUACAGACCUUAGACAAAUGUCAUGCUUUAAAUUACAGUUUCACAAGCUGAGGAUGUCGAUUGAGGAGAGCAUGCCCAACCUGCCUAAAUGGCCCACUGAGGCAGAGGGUCUGGAGGUCAAGGUGUUAGGGAGGCAGUGGGGCCACAGGGAGAGACUGAGAAAGAUGGCAAAGCAGCACGACUGCCAGCUGGCAGAGAUACAGGCCCACAACCCCCUCCUGGAGCAACAGAGAGUGGGUAAGUAAGGGGCCGUAGUGAUAGAGAGUUUACACACAAAUAAAUACUGUAGAUUGAUCUGAUGCUGCUGUUCUCCCAUGUAGAACAUGAGCUAAUAUGGAGACAGGUUGACACCAUACAACACAGAAAAAAAACAAGACACCGGUAUGCAAAGCAAGCAACAGUGUGAGUAAUUCAACACACGUUACAUUUUCGUCAUUUAGCAGACGCUCUUAUCCAGAGCGACUUACAGUUAGUGAAAACAUAUUUUUUAUUUUAUUUUUAUACUGGCCCCCCGUGGGAAUCGAACCCACAACCCUGGCGUUGCAAACGCCAUGCUCUAUCAACUGAGCUACAUCCCUGCCGGCCAUUCCCUCCCCUACCCUGGACGACGCUGGGCCAAUUGUGCGCCACCCAUGAGUCUCACGGUCGCGGCCAGUUGCGACAGAGCCUGGAUUCGAACCAGGAUCUCUAGUGGCACAGUUAGCACUGCGAUGCAGUGCCUUAGACCACUGCGCCACUCACGAGACGUUCACUUUGUGUGUGUUGGUCAGAGAUAGCGCGGCAGCCUGGGGCCCUGGCAGGGCAGGGCAGGGCAGGGCAGCACGGCCCACCUGGAGACUCUGCUGCUGGAGCUAAGGGAUCACGAGGAGCGGAAUGAGGAGGUUCUACAGCAGCUCAGACCACAUGACCACCCUGCACCCGGGGUGAGUUAGUUAUAGCCACUAGAGGGCAGCAGAGGACCCUCUAACAACAGGGCACACAACGGAAAACGAAAAUGGGUGUUUCCUGGGGCAGGAGGAAGAGUGAGUGUCAGUCCUGCAUGGUCUCUCAUUGGGGUAUGGAGGUAGUCCCUCCCUGUUUCAGUCCAUUUACCUCCUGUUUGGUGGCUAAUGACCAUGACCCUGAUGAGUUAUAGAUGUCUGUCAGAAAAAGAAAGAAAGAUGUUCUUCUGUGCUCUUCAUAGGGUCAAAGAGGUCAGGUCUGACUCACACAUAUGUUUCUAAACACUUUUACAUUCAUGUGGGUGCUACCAUGUUAAGAAUAAUCCUGAAUGAAUCGUGAAUAAUGAUUAGUGAGAAAGUUAGACACACAAAUAUCAUAUCCCCUCAAAAAUGCUAACAUUCCCUGUUAUUGUAAUGGUGAGAGGUUAGAUGCUAAGCUACAGGACUGUUUUGCUAGCACGGGAUUCUUCCGAUAGCAUUGAGGAGUACACCACAUCAGUCACUGGCUUCAUUAAUAAGGGCAUCGAUGACGUCAUCCCCACAGUGACCAUACGUACAGUUGAAGUCGGAAGUUUACAUACACUUAGGUUGGAGUCAUUAAAACUCGUUUUUCAACCACUCCACACAUUUCUUGUUAACAAACUAUAGUUUUGGCAAGUCGGUUAGGACAUCUACUUUGUGCAUGACACAAGUAAUUUGUCAAACAAUUGUUUACAAACAGAUUAUUUCACUUAUAAUUCACUGUAUCACAAUUCCAGUGGGUCAGAAGUUUACAUACACUAAGUUGACUGUGCCUUUAAACAGCUUGGGAAAUACAAGAAAAUUAUGUCAUGGCUUUAGAAGCUUCUGAUAGGCUAAUUGACAUCAUUUGAGUCAAUUGGAGGUGUACCUGUGGAUGUAUUUCAAGGCCUACCUUCAAACUCAGUGCCUCUUUGCUUGACAUCAUGGGAAAAUCAUAAGAAAUCAGCCAAGACCUCAGAAAGAAAUUGUAGACCUCCACAAGUCUGGUUCAUCCUUGGGAGCAAUUUCCAAACGCCUGAAGGUACCACAUUCAUCUGUACGCAAGUAUAAACACCAUGGGACCACGCAGCCAUCAUACCGCUCAGGAAGGAGACGUAUUCUGUCUCCUAGAGAUGAACGUACUUUGGUGCGAAAAGUACAAAUCAAUCCCAGAACAACAGCAAACGACCUUGUGAAGAUGCUGGAGGAAACAGGUACAAAAGUAUCUAUAUCCACAGUAAGACGAGUCCUACAUCGACAUAACCUGAAAGGCCGCUCAGCAAGGAAGAAGCCACUGCUCCAAGACCGCCAUAAAAAAGCCAGACUACGGUUUGCAACUGCACAUGAGGACAAAGAUCGUACUUUUUGGAGAAAUGUCCUCUGGUCUGAUUAAACAAAAAUAUAACUGUUUGGCCAUAAUGACCAUCGGUAACUUGCAAGCUGAAGAACACCAUCCCAACUGUGAAGCACGGGGGUGGCAGCAUCAUGCUGUGGGGGUGCUUUGCUGCAGGAGGGACUGGUGCACUUCACAAAAUAGAUGGCAUCAUGAGGAAGGAAAAUUAUGUGGAUAUAUUGAAGCAACAUCUCAAGACAUCAGUCAGGAAGUUAAAGCUUGGUCGCAAAUGGGUCUUCCAAAUGGACAAUGACCCCAAGCAUACUUCCAAAGUUGUGGCAAAAUGGCUUAAGGACAACAAAGUCAAGGUAUUGGAGUGGCCAUCUCAAAGCCCUGACCUCAAUCCUAUAGAACAUUUGUGGGCAGAACUGAAAAAGCGUGUGCGAGCAAGGAGGCCUACAAACCUGACUCAGUUACACCAGCUCUGUCAGGAGAAAUGGGCCAAAAUUAACCCAACUUAUUGUGGGAAGCUUGUGGAAGGCUACCCGAAACGUUUGACCCAAGUUAAACAAUUUAAAGGCAAUGCUACCAAAUACUAAUUGAGUGUAUGUAAACUUCUGACCCACUGGGAAUGUGAUGAAAUAAAUAAAAGCUUAAAUAAAUCAUUCUCUCUACUAUUAUUCUGACAUUUCACAUUCUUAAAAUAGAGUGGUGAUUCUAACACAUUUUUACUAGGAUUAAAUGUCAGGAAUUGUGAAAAACUGAGUUAAAAUCUAUUUGGCUAAGGUGUAUGUAAACUUCUGACUUCAACUGUACAUACCCCAACCAGAAGCCAUGGAUUACAGGCAACAUCCGCACUGAGCUAAAGGGUAGAGCUGCCGCUUUCAAGGAGCGGCACUCUAACCCGGACGCCUAUAAGAAAUCCCACUAUGCCCUCUGACAAACCAUUAAACAGGCAAAGAGUCAAUACAGGACUAAGAUUGAAUCGUACUACACCGGCUCCGACGUUUGUCCAAUGUGGCAGGGCUUGAAAACUAUUACAGACUACAAAGGGAAGCACAGCCGUGAGCUGCCCAGUGACACAAGCCUACCAAACGAGCUAAAUCACUUCUAUGCUCGCUUCGAGGCAAGCAACACUGAAGCAUGCAUGAGAGCAUCAGCUGUUCCGGAUGACUAUGUGAUCACGCUCUCCGUAGCCGAUGUGAGUAAGACUUUUAAGCAGGUCAACAUUCACAAGGCCGCAGGGCCAGACGGAUUACCAGGACGUGUACUCCAAGUAUGUGCUGACUAACUGGCAAGUGUCUUCACUGACAUUUUCAACAUGUCCCCGACUGAGUCUGUAAUACCAACAUGUUUCAAGCAGACCACCAUAGUCCCUGUGCCCAAGGACACUAAGAUAACCUGCCUAAAUGACUACCGACCCGUAGCACUCACGUCUGUAGCCAUGAAGUGCUUUGAAAGACUGGUCAUGGCUCACAUCAACACCAUUCUCCCAGAAACCCUAGACCCACUCCAAUUUGCAUACCGCCCCAACAGAUCCACAGAUGAUGCAAUCUCUAUUGCACUCCACACUGCCCUUUCCCACCUGGACAAGAGGAACACCUACGUCAGAAUGCUAUUCAUUGACUACAGCUCAGCGUUCAACACCAUAGUGCCCUCAUAGCUCAUUACUAAGCUAAGGACCCUGGGACUAAACACCUCCCUCUGCAACUGGAUCCUGGACUUCCUGACGGGCCGCCCCCAGGUGGUAAGGGUAGGUAACAACACAUCUGCCACGCUGAUCCUCAAUACGGGGGCCCCUCAGUGGUGCGUGCUCUGUCCCCUCCUGUCCUCCCUGUUCACCCAUGACUGCAUGGCCAGGCACGACUCCAAUACCAUAAUUAAGUUUGCAGACGACACAACAGUGGUAGGCUUGAUCACCGACAACGAUGAGACAGCCUAUAGGGAGGAGGUCAGAGACCUGGCCGUGUGGUGCCAGGAUAACAACCUCUCCCUCAACGUGAUCAAGACAAAGGAGAUGAUUGUGGACUACAGGAAAAAAAAGAGGACUGAGCACGCCCCCAUUCUCAUCGACGGGGCUGUAGUGGAACAGGUUGAGAGCUUCAAGUUCCUUGGUGUACAGGAGACUGAAAAUAUUUGGCAUGGGUCCUCAGAUCCUCAAAAAGUUCUACAGUUGCACCAUCGAGAGCAUCCUGACUGGUUGCAUCACCGCCUGGUAUGGCAACUGCUCGGCCUCCGACCGCAAGGCACUACAGAGGGUAGUGCGUACGGCCCAGUACAUCACUGAGACCAAGCUUCCUGCCAUCCAGGACCUCAAUACCAGGCGGUGUCAGAGGAAGGCCCUAAAAAUUGUCAAAGACUUCAGCCACCCUAGUCAUACACUGUUCUCUCUGCUACCGCACGGCAGACCACCAAGUCUAGGUCCAAAAGGCUUCUUAACAGGUUCUACAUGUACAUAUUACCUCGACUAACCGGUGCCCCCGCACAUUGACUCUGUACCGGUACCCCCUGUAUAUAGCCUCCCUACUGUUAUUUUAUUUUACUGCUGCUAUUUUUAUUUUUUACUUAUCUAUUUUUUACUUUACUCUAGAAUCAUUGCAAUUUGAUAGGAUUCUAUGUUCCCCUGAUCCACUAGCAGUGGGGUCUGAGCUCCAUAAGAUCCAGAGAGAACACACCCACCACAUGGCCAGCAUCCAGGCUGAGAUCGAGAGCCUUCACAGGGAGGUAGAGAGGGUCAGAGAAGCCCCCAGGAACCGGAGGCUGCUCCCACCCCCUCCACCUCCACCUUAACCCCUGUUCCCUGCCCCGCCAGCCAUGCAUCAUCCCUUGGCCCAGAUGCAUGCUCCUCCAGCCCUGGUAAAGCUGUGACAUCAAUAUUGCUUUCAUCUAUCCAGUUCUCUCUGAUCAGUGAAAAUGAUGUGAACAAAAGAAGACAUUAGACCCAUAUAGUAUAUCCACCCUAUGUUCCUGUUACAGACCCAGCCCAGGCCCCAUUCCUCUCCCUAUGACCCUGCGUGAGUCCAUUAUGACAUCUAUGUUGUCUUUAAGGCAAUUUGAGUUUAUAUAUUAGUAUUAACCCUACCUUUACUUACAAUUAUUAGAAACAAUUUUGUUACCUCUAACACAUUUUUCUAACUCUAACUCUCUACAGGUGUACAGGUAUGAAAUACCUCUAAACUACUCUAAACCCUGUUGGUUUCUAAUGCUGGUUUCGUGGUCUUCUAUGACCUGGUGCUGGGGUUAGAUGCCAUGCUGAGGGUUCUGCGUCUAGCGUCUGGUCUCUACUCUGGGGGCCAGGAGGUGGGGCGGCCUACCCCACUGCUCCCUGUGCAGUGCCAGCCUGGAGGGGCUUCUCCUUACUCCCACACUGUGCCCCUCAGGAACUAUGCCCCACUGGCAGUCAAACAGCCUAUGCCCAGGCACCCUGAGAAGAAAAAGUAACUGUGAAACUCAACCAUAGCAUGAUGGCUGGAGUACAUCAGUGACAUCACACCUUCCCUGAGAUCAAAAGGCAAUUGUUACUCACAGAGUGACAGACUUGUCUCUUGCUCUGUUAGCUCAGGUUGACUUUGAGUUGUGUGUAUUGUUCAGAAGGUUGCUGGUUUCGCCGUUCGUGUCCACUCGGGGUGGAGCAAAAUGCACUCUGUUACAUUUGUCUAAGACAAAACUCUCUCCCUUCAGGAUGCAGCCGUCUCCCUCCCUGUCUCUGGUGGUUGAGCUCCAGGCUGCUGGGGGUCUGGACGCCUAUGGUCAGGAGGUCCAGAGGCUGGUGUCCCAGGGCUGGGCACGGCUGGAGUUCUUCGACCAGCACAACCAGUUCCAGAGCGGGUAA